UCAAGAUGCACGCACUCUGGACCAUAGCUGCCCUUCACAUGUUCCCCUGGUUUGCAGAGGCGACAGGUAGCGGCAUUGUGGGCGGAAAGGUUGCAAAGCCUCAUUCCAAACCCUACAUGGCAUCUCUGCAGGUCCAAGGACAGCACAUGUGUGGCGGGAUACUAAUACGUGAGGACUUUGUUCUGACUGCAGCCCAUUGCAAAUACGAUCAGACCAUGACGGUCGUACUGGGAGCACAUAACAUCACCAAGAAGGAGAAAAGCCAGCAACACAUCCAAGUGGCCGAGUACCAUCCUCAUCCCAAUUUCCACGGAAAGUACAACUAUGACAUUAUGCUACUAAAGUUGAAACCUAAGGCCACACUCAACAGGUAUGUGAAGCCGAUGGGACUACCCAAGAAGGCAGGGAAGACCCCUGCCAACAUCAGAUGCACGGUUGCCGGCUGGGGCCAGACCUCAAAGAAGUCAGAGAUAUCCCCUGUACUAAAGGAGACCACCGAGAAGAUCCAGUUCGGCUUUGAGUGCAAAAACAUCUGGCAAUACCACUUUGAGAAUGAUCUCAUGACAUGCACGAGGCCCGACAAGUGGGGAGGGGUUUGCCAGGGAGACUCUGGGGGUCCGUUAAUCUGCAACACCAAGCCUGUAGGAAUAACGGUUUUCAUCUACAAGAAUGACUGCAGUGAUCGCAGGUAUCCACAUGUCUUCACGAAAAUCCACCCCUUCCUGCCCUGGAUUAAAGAAGUGAUGGAGGGGAAUGUUGUGGUUUGAGCCCACCACACGUUUGAUUCACUUGGCUGACAGGCUGCCAUGUAAAGCAGAGUUAUGUUUUGGAAAAAAAACUAAACAAUUCUACACAAAAUACACGAGGCUCCUAUAGUCUGCCAGAGAAUAAGAAGAUGGAGCAGGAAGAAUCAGUGUUGCCAACUUUAGUUUUCACUAAAUCUGGCAAAUAAUCAAACCCCUCGAUACUAUUUUUCAUAAGAGUGUCUGACAUAAAAGCACCUAUUGCUUUUCUCAGCAAGCAGCCCCUCCCCCAUCGAAGAGCCCCUCUGACAUAGCUCUGUUUUGUUAGUCUAAAAACAAAAGAAACAACAGAAGCAACAUCAUAUUGUUUUUUGUAGUUGUACACAUAUUUGUUUUUCAAGUUUAUUACUCACUUUUUGCAAAUGCGAGGAUGACCUCAGUAAUAUCUGGCUCAAUCAUAAGACUAUGACAAGUUCCAGAAAUGCAGUUUGUCAAAACAUUUUGAAAAAAUACUUAUAGUUGCUCAAUUUUAUUGUUUUUUUUCUUUUCUUCACACAACACCUUACCAUUUUAUUAUGUAAUUUUCAG